UAAAAUAUGAGUGAGUUUCACUUCCACACUUGGCUAGCUAUAUAAACACACCUAUUUUAGGAAAUUAUUUAUUUCCACAUUCUCCGCUCUUCUUUCAUCCCCAACUCAAAUCUAAGUUUCGUUUCUGCAAAAACCCUUUCUCUUCUUUUCCACGAAUCAUAUCUAGACAAAGCCUCCAUAGUUUCUGUUCCUUCCACAUUUCACAUUUGGGUCGAAUCUAGAAAACAAGGCCUUCUCUUUGUGUUUGGGGUUUAAUGACGAGUAAGAGAUGUGAAUCUUAUCUUGAAGAAGAAGAAGGAUGAGAUCUUUGAGCAGUGUUGGACUUGCUCUAAGCAUAGUCUUUGGUUGUUUGCUAUUAGCUCUUCUCGCUGAGCUCUAUUACUUGCUCUGGUGCAAGAAGAGGUCGACGACGAGACCUGAUUUUCGGAAUGACUAUUCUACCCCUGGAACCAGAGAGCUUCUCUUCAUCUUCUGUUGCAGUAGCACAACAAACCCUUCUUCUUCUUCUUCAUCUCCUUCUCCCUUCUCACACCCUAAGCCCAUUGAAACCGAACAGCAGUCUCUUCCUCAUGAUGAUGGGUUUGGGAAUGUGUGUGGUCCAGGGCUCGUGCCGAGGUUUCUGUUCACAAUCAUGGAGGAGACAGUGGAGGAAAUGGAAUCUGAAGAUGUGGUUUCCACAAAAGGAAAGAGUUUGAAUGAUUUGUUUCUUAAUAUGGAAAGUGGUGUCAUCACUCCUCCAUAUCUUACUCCUCGUGCUUCUCCUUCCUUGUUCACGCCUCCUUUAACUCCAUUACUAACGGAGUCUUGUAAUGGUAGUAGAAAAGAAGAGAUCUCGAGCUUCUUCGAGACUUCGUCUGAUGCUGAGUUUAAUAGGCUAGUGAGAUCAUCGCCAUUGUCAUCAUCACAUUCACCAUCAUCGUCGUCAUCUUCGCCAUUGUCGAGAUUCAAGUUCUUAAGAGACGCAGAGGAGAAGCUUUACAAGAAGAAAGCUAUGGAGAUUGCUGAAACCGAGUGAGCUCAAAGGGCUACAAAUUGGCAAAACACAGUUCAAGAAAUCGGAUUUGUUCAAUCAAGAAGAUGAGGUCUUUGAGACAGAAACCAAAGUAGAAUUAAACCGGCUUUUUGGUCUGAUUUAAUAUCAUUGUCAUUAAACAUCAACAUUUUUUUUGGUCUGAAUGUUUUUGGUUUGUCAUCGGAUUAACCGGUUGUAAAUUUUUCGAUUGAUAGAGAGAAUUUGUUUAAGCCAAACUUGUGUAAUUUCAGUCAACUCAUUCGAAUAAAGAAGAUUGGCUUUGGAUUC